UGGAAAAAUGCCAGAGGUGGAUUACGUUGUCCUUACAGAAUGGUUUGACUGGAUCCAGAACAACACUGAUGUUUCGGUGGAUUUGAUAGUUUAUCUGCAAACUUCUCCUGAAGUUUGUUACGAGAGGUUAAAAAGAAGAUGCAGAGAAGAGGAAAAAAUCAUUCCUCUGGAAUAUUUAGAAGCUAUUCAUCAGCUCUACGAAGAGUGGCUUGUUAAACAUACACUGUUUGAAGUUUCCUGCCCAGUGCUUGUUAUUGGAGCUGACCAUGACAUGCAGAAAAUGAUAGAAAAGUAUGAAGAAAACCGGGACCAAAUACUAAACCCAUAUAAUAUGCAACACCAUUUAUAG